AUGCGGUCUCAAGUGCCGGAUACUUUCUUAGUAUCUGAGAGUAUUUCAAUUGGUGUGGAUGUUUCGAUCUCCGACAAUAUGACAGAAACCCUACACAAUGCUCCAAUCGUUCUUGACAAUGGCUCUGGCACUAUUCGUGCUGGGUUUGCGGGCGAAGACGCUCCCAAGUGCUAUUUCCCCUCUUUCGUGGGUCGACCGAAACAUCUCAGAGUGCUUGCAGGAGCAUUAGAGGGCGAUGUGUUCAUUGGUCAGAGAGCUCAGGAGCUACGAGGCUUGCUGAAAAUACGCUACCCCCUUGAGCAUGGAAUCGUGACGGAUUGGGAUGAUAUGGAGCGAAUAUGGUCAUUCGUCUAUCAAGAGGAGUUGAAGGUCAUGAGCGAAGAGCAUCCAUGUCUGUUGACCGAACCACCGUUAAACCCCCGAGCGAAUCGCGAUACUGCAGCGCAGAUUCUCUUUGAGACGUUUAAUGUCCCGGCGCUUUACACGUCUAUACAAGCGGUGCUAUCUUUGUACGCUUCUGGCCGCACUACUGGCAUUGUUUUAGACGCAGGUGAUGGCGUCUCUCAUGCGGUACCUGUCUACGAAGGCUUUGCUAUGCCCAGCUCUAUCCGCAGGAUUGACAUAGCUGGAAGGGAUGUUACAGAGUACUUACAACUUCUCUUGAGAAAGAGCGGAUACGUAUUCAACACUUCGGCAGAGAAAGAAGUCGUCAGAAUGAUGAAAGAGAAAGUGGGAUACGUGGCUCAGGACCCUAAGAAAGAAGAGAAAGAGUGGUUGCAAUCAGCCAAUAUCAAAGGAGAAGGCAAGUCGACAGUAGAGUAUACUCUGCCGGAUGGGCAAAAAUUGAAGAUAGGACCAGAACGAUGGCGGGCUCCUGAAAUAUUAUUCGACCCUGAAAUCAUUGGAUCAGAGUAUCCGGGGGUUCACCAGAUUGUGGUCGACUCCAUUAAGCGAACAGACAUGGAUUUGCGAAAAUCACUGUUCGGGAAUAUUGUGCUUUCUGGAGGCUCAACACUAACAAAGGGUUUUGGAGACCGUUUACUUCACGAACUACAGCGUCUAGCUUAUAGUACGUGGAUUGGCGGCAGUAUCCUAGCUGGCUUGAGCACAUUUCGAAAGAUGUGGGUCAAUCAAGAAGAUUGGCAUGAGAAUCCGGAAAUUAUCCACACCAAGUUCAAUUGA